CUCGACCGCACCCCUGCCCAGCAUGUCCGCCCUCGAGUGGUACGCCCACAAGUCCCUGGGCGACGGCAUCUUCUGGAUUCAGGAACGCUUCUAUGAGUCGGGCAACCGCGCCAACAUAUGGCUGGUGCGCGGUUCCGAGCAAGAUGUGGUGAUCGAUACGGGCCUGGGGCUGCGCAGCCUCCCAGAGUACCUGUACUCCUCCGGUCUCUUGCAGGAUCACGGGGCCAAAGAGGACGCGGCGUGCCGGCCACUGCUGGCGGUGGCCACCCACGUGCACUUCGACCACUCCGGAGGCCUCUACCAGUUCGACCGGGUGGCCGUGCAUCAUGCCGAGGCCGAGGCACUGGCUCGCGGGGACAACUUUGAGACCGUGACCUGGCUGUCUGACAGCGAGGUGGUGCGGGCGCCCAGCCCCGGCUGGAGGGCCAGGCAGUUCCGAGUGCAGGCGGUACAGCCCACCCUCAUCCUGCAGGAUGGGGAUGUGAUCAACCUUGGUGACAGACAGCUCACUGUUAUGCACAUGCCUGGUCACUCCAGAGGCAGUAUUUGCUUACAUGACAAAGACCGGAAGAUUCUCUUCAGUGGAGAUGUCGUGUAUGAUGGAUCACUGAUUGACUGGCUCCCAUACAGCAGGAUAAGUGACUAUGUUGGAACCUGUGAACGUCUGAUAGAAUUAGUGGACAGAGGUCUGGUAGAGAAAGUGCUUCCUGGGCACUUCAAUACCUUUGGUGCUGAAAGGCUUUUUCGAUUGGCUUCUAACUAUAUUUCAAAAGCUGGGAUAUGUCACAAAGUUUCCACUUUUGCCAUGCGAUCUCUUGCGAGUUUAGCCUUACGUGUAACAAAUUCUAGGACCUCACCCUAGUAUCUAUACUGAUAACCUAUUAUGAUUAGUUCUAUAAAUUAAUCCAAUUCAUUUUGUGUUGUUUAAAGUGAUUAAUAGUGAGCAUUUCAAGAAGUGCUUUAUUAGAGAGAAAAAGAUUGAGAGUAAGCCAAAAAAGGAGGUUCUUUCUUUAAAUUUUUUCUUUCUUCCAAAUAAGAAAUCAAUAAAAUAAGCUUAUAAUUUGCCAAGCUGUCAUCUUAUAAUAUUUGUCACCUUGUAAUAUCCAGAAAUGACAUAGAACUAUACGUGAAAGCAAGGAGGCAUUUUGCAGUAACAGAAAGAGCUGUCCCUGCCUCCCAUUUGUCUUAUUUUAUUUCCUAGAUGACCUAGAAAAAGAGGCAUAAAGUUUUAUGUUUAUACUCCAAACUUGAUAUUUUUAGUAUAUUAUUUAAAGGUAAAGGUUCUUGAGUUUAAAAUACAUUAGUAGUCAAUACAAACAUAUAAAUUAACAUUUAAAAUGACAGCUAAAACAGUCCAUGUUAUGGCACAGAAUUUUUAUGCUUCGUUUAUUUAUUCUUAAUGUAAUUAUAGCAUACAUUAUAUGUUGUGUAAUUUUACUUACAAAGAGUACAAUGAAUUUUGUUUAUUGCAAAGCUUUAAAUAUAACUUGCAGAGUGCUUCGGUAAAAAGCUACUAAUAGCAUUGUCUGUUAUGUGCGUGUAAUAUUUUCAAUCAUAAAAGUGAAAUUCAAAUGUCUGUAAUCUAAUUACAAAUUGUCAGAUUUCU